GGCGUCAACAACUGUCGUUCGCCAUGAGUUUAUCUUUGAUGCGGAAACUUCUGCCACCGAAAAAGAUGUGGACCGUGGCCGGGACUACAAUGCAAGUGCGUCACCAUGCCCCCAUUGCUGGUCCACCGCGAUUUCCAAUGUCGCCCGGACAGAAGCUGAUCAUGGGCGGGGGUUCAAUACUGGUCAUGAUGAUCAUCCCCUUCUGGGCCCUCUUCCAAGUUCCCCGUUGGUCUAAACUGCACAACGGCAUCGAGGAAGAGGUCGAGGAGAAGGAGCAGGAGGAGGCCGCUCCGCCCGAGAAGGAGCCGCCCCCACCAAAGGACGAAAAGAACGAACAGAAGCACUAACUACUCAAAGAUGAAGACACUUCGGACACGGUGCAAUGUCCAUCCACACGUUGUAUACUUUUAAACGGUGACUUCUUAUGGACUCUUUUACUGGGGCCAACGCACACUUCCACCCACUACCAUUCCACAUUCCACUGGAAUCUUGUAACACCCACACUGUGCACCCAAAACUACAUAAAUAAUUACAAAUUUACAAUGUACAGAUACAAAAUAAUGCCAACGCUUAGCAACAGCGUGUGAAUUAAAGCGAUGUUAUUGCAGCCCUAAAGAAA